CGCCGCGCUGAUGUGCUCGAGAUGGUGCGGAAGGAUCCCGUGUUGGAGGAGGAGAUGAGGACAAUGCUGGGGGUGCAAGGGUUGGAGGGCGUAGCCGCAGCUCACGCGGAAAACACUCGCGCGAUGGCCGCUUCGUUGGCCGCGUUGAAGGGCAAAAGCCAGAGUAACAUCGGCCGCGUUGCGUAUACGACCGUGCUGGCCGCGGUGGCUGGAGCUGGGGAGCACACUUGCAGCCCUACCGAUCCGUGCAACCCCGCAGAGCGGUGCCCUCCCGCUGAGCCGCAGGGUGGCGUGAGCUUCGCCCAGCGAGCGGAGAGCCUUGGGGUGAGGGAGAAAACGUUCCGCGCGGCGUAUGUCCGGAUGCACCAUACCGACCAUACUAUCCCCCCGCCGCAAGCUCUGGAAGAGGGGCGCUACUGCUGGACUACACGCAAGACAAGGAGCGACGCGACGGACGAACGUGUGCUGGAGUUAGCGAUCCGGUUCUGGCAUUGCGACGACGUCUCGCGUGCAUCGGGAGAUUCACCAGUUCAUGGGGGCGGAGAACCAGGACCAAAGGCUUAGAAGUAGCCUAGGGGUGGAACCAGCAGAUAGUAGAGUCGUGGUAGCGGCAGGGGAUGAACACGCGAACCCUGGCCCCGAAGUAGUCGGACCAGCCCCGCGCCCCGAAAGGGUUACGAGAAAUACACGUGCAGUGUUCGCAGGGAGUCGGUAGCAUUUUGAGUGCCUCACUUGGUCGUUUUAAUGUAUUUUGAUCUCGUUCGUGGUCAUUGCUGGUGGUGGUGGUGGUGGUGGUGGUGCUGCUGCUGUUUUGUGUUGUGUUGCUGUGUAUAGCAUGCUGUGAGUUGUUGUGUGCCGCCAGUGCUGUUUCGUUGUCGUUGAGGAAACUAACGGAGAAACCAGAUUGUACUCUUUGGGUGUUUUCACCGUCAAAAACAACCACACUUCAACAAAUUCAAUUAGAUUAGUACUUUAAACAAAUUUAGUAUGAGUAUCGUAGCAAUUUUGUCAUGCAUAACAACGUGCAUGUCCCACGCACAUCAUUCACGGCCGUCAGCGCGCCAUGUUGCCCGCGUAGAAGCGCAUAAUAACGAGAGAAAACGGAUGAAAACACCGGGGGGGGACAAAACCGUCCCAUCCCCGGGUUUGCAUUAUUCCAUUCAUUAAGUCAUAUAAACUGAGAAAGUCGUUGAAACCCCCACUUCCCUACCUCCGUCACCAAAUCUGACCACGGGAAUCGUGCACACAUGGGUAGAGGUGACUACAACCAACUUUUCAGAGCUUAGCGGGUUCGGUAUUCGCUCAAUCUCAACUUCGGGCACACGAUCUCGGAAGGCGCCAUAGGAGGGGGGGGCUGGACCACCCCAUGUACCCACUUAUGUCUAUAUUUUGUCCCACUUUUGUCCAAAUUGUACCCACAUUUGUCCAUUACGGACGGCGGAAAUCGAGCUGAAAUUGACCUCCACGUCACCGCACGGCAGAACAUCGAAUGGCCUCGGAGCGUCUCAGAACCUCCCAACAUCGUAUCCAUGGCAUCUUUCGUAUCCAUGGCUGCCGACUGCGGACCGACCGCGGAGGAACAUGUCAGACACAUGCCAGGCGCCUUCGGUACCGGCACGGGAGAAUACCAGGCACGGGAAGAUGCCCGCGGCAAGCCCGGCAAGCAGCGC